GAGGUGGGUGAGUGAUGCGACUCCAGAAACAGCAGGAACAGGACAGGAAGAAUAAUCUUAAAGGGAAAUCUCUGGGUUUCAUUCUGACAACUAUGGACCUUGGAUACAUUGAGCCAAAGAGACAAAGUUUCAGGCAACGAAGAACCUCCAAAUGAUUCUUAUCAUGACCUCUAUGUGCUAACGAUGAAAAGAAGAAGAUUGCAAGAUUACUUUGUUCCUCUUUCUGGGAGAAUGGAUGGAGAGCCCUUCACUUCCACUUUCUUCUCUUCUGGGAAUAUUCCCUUAGAAGCUGGCAUUACCCUGGAACAAAAAACAACCUUUGUCUUUGUGAUUUUGUUAUUUAUUUUCCUUGGCAUCCUCAUUGUUCGAUGUUUUCGAAUUCUCCUAGACCCCUACAGGAGUAUGCCAACCUCUAACUGGGCAGACAGACUGGAUGGACCAGAGAAAGGGCAAUUUGAUUAUGCUCUGGCUUAAAGCUAAGGAUGUCACAACUUUAUUGAGAAGCCUCUGACCUAUCAAAUACAUUUCUUGCACAGGCAAAACUCUUCUUUUUAAAAAAAUAGCUGUAAAGCAGGUGUGGGGAAUCUUUGGUAUUCCAGGUGUUGGUGAACAACAACUCCAAAGGAUGAUGGCUUGGCCAUUGGCCAUACUUGCUGGGCCUGAUGGGAGUUGUAGUUCAGCAACAUCUUGAAGGCCAAAGGUUCACCGUACCUGCUGUAAGGCAAGCUUUGCAUGCUUUGAUGAUAAACCAACCAUUUUCUCAAUGAAGAAAUUAGGUAAAAAAUUUCAUUUGCAAAGGUCAGCUUUAAAACAUAUAAGGUGGAAAUAUAGAUUUAGAUAUAGAGAAAGACAUAAUACACAAAAUAUCUUUGGGCUCAGACAGCACUUUGAUGUGCAGCUGCGGGAGACAGACUUAUUUCUAAAAAUAGGUGCCUCUUCUUUCCCUCUUCCCCCACACCUCCAAACCUUUCAUGAGCAUAUCCAUAUUUAAAUGCAAGCUUGAUUUUUGCGGUUUGUGUGUGGACAUUAGGUAAUGUUUUUUAAGCCUGGACAAAAAUGUCUUUCCAUUCCCAUUGUCCCUCUUACCAGACAGGUAAAAGUUUCUCACCAAUGUUAAUUAAAGAUUGAUAGCUUCAAGGCUAAUUUCAGUGGAAAAACUGCUCUCUCUUACAAUAUACUCUUGAUUACAAAACCAUGACUGAAAUCAUAGAUAUAAAUCAUGAGUGCCUUUCCUAGUGUGUAAAUAUAUAAUCUGCUUUAUUUCAAACACUGCUAGGUUGUUUUAGGUUUGUUUCAUGUUGGGUGAGCUGUAGCAAAUUUAGUAGAAUUGUGAGCCUUAAAAAAAUAAAAAUAAAUGCAUGUAUCUUCCCAGUAGUGCUAUCUGAGCAGGACUUAGGGGCAGACGUCCAGGGCUCCAUUCAGAGGAAUGAGCAGAUGGGUUCCCAAAUGCAGCAGGGUUUGCUUACCACAUUUUGAAGUACGUGAAGAAAUACAUGUUAUAAUAUGUAGAAAGGGAGGGGUGUAAAAUCAUUACCAUACUCCAGUUCUUUCUAUUAUGCAGUCUUUGGUAAAUGCUGUCCUUAUUUCAUUGUUAGGUGAGAUGUUGAAGAUGAAAACUCUACACUAGCAAAAUUUCAUAGAUCUCUGGAAGUUAAAUCAAUGAGAGAGAGGCAAAUAGUUCUUGACGCUUGGACCUAAAACGCCAGUGUCCUGCUUUCCUUAUGCAUGCAUAUGCCCUACUUACUUGUAUACUUAAUAUUGCUGAAUGUAUUUGAGUUUCACCUUUUCUAUAAUAAGUAUGACCAAGUUCUUUGCAAGAAUAGUCCUUAGCAAGUAACCAUGGUACCUGAUGUG